CUUGUGGCCACUCACAGACACUUGUAAGGAGGAGAGAAGUCAUUGUAUCAAAGACACACACUCUGAAAUGAGGAAAUAGAGGCUGGGAUUCAAGGAGCAAGAGCUUCAGCUGGAACACAAGAAAGCAAGCCCUGAAGACAAUUCUACUGAGAGGUCUGACAUGGCCUCUCUUGGCAUCCAACUUAUAGGCUAUAUCCUGGGCCUUCUGGGGCUGUUGGGCACCUUGGUGGCCAUGCUGCUUCCCAGCUGGAGAACAAGUUCUUAUGUCGGUGCCAGCAUUGUGACAGCAGUUGGCUUCUCCAAAGGACUCUGGAUGGAGUGUGCCACACACAGCACAGGCAUCACCCAGUGUGACAUCUACAGCACCCUCCUAGGUCUGCCCCCUGACAUCCAGGCUGCGCAGGCCAUGAUGGUGACAUCCAGUGCAAUCUCCUCAUUGGCUUGCAUUAUCUCUGUGGUGGGCAUGAGAUGCACAGUCUUCUGCCAGAAUUCCAGAGCCAAGAACAGAGUGGCGAUAGUGGGUGGAGUCUUCUUCAUCCUUGGAGGUCUCCUGAGUUUCAUUCCUGUUGCCUGGAAUCUUCAUGGGAUCCUACGGGAAUUCUACUCUCCACUGGUGCCGGACAGUAUGAAAUUUGAAAUUGGGGAGGCUCUUUACCUGGGCAUUAUUUCCUCCCUGUUCUCCCUGGUAGCUGGAGUCAUCCUCUGCUUUUCUUGCUCACCCCAGGGAAAUAGCUCCAACUACUUUGAUGCCUAUCAGGCUCAGCCCCUCACUACUACUAGGAGCUCUCCAAGACCUGGUCAACCACCCAAAGUCAAGAAUGAGUUUAACUCCUACAGCCUAACAGGGUAUGUGUGAAGAACCAGGGGCCAGAGCUGGGGGUGGUGGUGGCUGGGUCUUUGAAAACUGGUGGACAGCCCUACCAGGGCCACAGGUGAGGGACAUUCCUACUGGAUCAUGUCAGAAGGUGCUGCUGAGGAUAGACUGACUUUGGCCAUGGGAUCAAGAAAAAGCAAAAAAUGGGUGCUGGUGUGACAGUGUCCAGGUUGAACUGUCAAGAGGCAUGCCAACUAGCCUUUCCAUUUCCUUUACUUUGGUCCCCCACCCCAGACUCUGAGUCCCCCAACCCUUAACUCCAAACCCAUUCCCCUACUCUAGGCCAGACUCCACAAACUCCCAUCUGCCCUUUGCUUUACCUGCCAAUGCAUCCAUAAACUCACUAAUUACAUUCCACAGGCUGACCCUUUUUGUGAUCAAAGAUCCUCCCUCUGGCUGAGGUUGACUCUCAGCUCAUUGCUGGGAGUUCGCAGAAGGAGGAGCAGUGGCUUUUAUGAAGAUGGCUCUAACCUCCUUCUCAAGCUUCCCUCCAAAGAAAAUGAUUAGCCACUAAUGGGCCCUGAAGCUUCCAUCCUACUCUUGUUGUGAUUCCACAGUGUCCAGACUGUUUUGUGUGUGAAGAGAAAUAGAGCCAUCCCACUGUACUGAGGGAACAGAGAGCAACUGGAUGUAGGAUGAGAGGGAGGGAAGGUAGCUGAGGACCCAAAAAUGCUAGAACCACCACCUAGAGCAAUUCUCAGAAUUCCCUCACACUUGUGGAUUAGGGAUCUAUCCCACAGGUAGAGGGAAGCACAAGGAAAGAAGAUAUGGUGGAAAGUUCCAGGUAGCAGCAUUCUCUUAGUCCACUGAGGAACUGCCUCAGAAGCUGCAGCUCCAACUUUCACCAAAGUUCUUGCCUCCCUCUGGUGCACUUGACCUGGCCUUCUGCUAAACAACAAGGCUAAGGGCCCUACACAAUUGUUUCCUUAGGAAUGGGAAACUAGCUUUUCAAGAUAUGGCCCUUGGCUGGGAGAUGACAGUGUGGGAGCUGUGGGGGACUGCAAAAGAUAUCACUCCUUGAUGCUGCUGCUCCAAAAAGAAUAAGAAGCUUUGUAUCUAAGAAGUUGAGUGGACAUGUGAGGUGCUCCAGUAGGUGUUUUUAUUGGGCCAGAGAGAGUCAGACCCCCAGAGAGUCUUCGAAUAAUAGAAAAUCAGCCCAAAGCUGAGAUUAGACCCCCAGGGGUCUACCACAGAGCACACUACAGAGCCUCUGAAAGACCACAGCACAAGGUGAGCCUCCUGUCACCCUUCAUAUUCCCCUACAUCCUUCACUAGACAUUCCAAAGUUGCUAAAAGGCAUCCAAGGGCUUCCACAUGGAAUAAUCUAGCCCAAGGUGAUUUGGCCAUGAUCUGAGUGAUAGCUGACCAGCUGCCUGGGAUUACAGGUGAGGUGGGAAAGUACAGAAUGGUCCCCAGCCAGAUGGUUCCAGCUCCAAGACCUGAAAAUGCUCCAUUUCCUCUGGGGUGGGGGUGGGGGUAGAGUCAUAAUGAACCAAAGACAUUUUUUCCUCACCAGUCUAAACAUGACCAACUUCUGACAAACUCCAGAACAGCUCCUUGAACCUCAGUGUCAGCAGAAGGGGCCCAUUGAUUGUCUCUAGUAUACCUUACAUGUUUUCUACUUCCUUGCCUGUGUUUAAGAUGUUCUUCCAAACUGGAAAGCCUUAUCCCUUUUGCCAAGUUUCCCUCAUGUUUGAACAACUUGCUCAGCACCACCUUCUUCAAUGAGCCUCCUAUAGCCACUCCAUCCCCCUCCUGCUCCUCCUUUGAUGUACAAAUCACUUCUUUAAUGCUUAUCAUUCACCAUUUUGAUGCAUAGUUAUAUUUUUAUGUGUGAAUAUCUGAUUUUACAAGUACAUUGUAAACUUUUGAGGGGCAGGGACCAUAUCUUAAACCUCUAUGUAUCCUCAAGACUUACAGAUAAAGACAUUCUGUAAGGGUGCUUGACAUAUGGUAGAUGAUCAAUAAACAUUUGUUGAUUGAA